AUGCCAGCCGCCGACGACUCAUCUGGCGAAUCGCGCUUUGCAGCCGCCGCUCCUACACCGCAGCAGGUCCUGUCGAACAACACGGUUGGCCUCGUUGCCCUCUCCGAUUUCCGCAAGCGCCGCGCCGAGCUACUCGACCAGCAGGAUCGUGAUGCGGCCUCCAGCGAUGGUCCUCAGACCCCAAACGCUACUUCAACGCCUCCCUCCCGCUCUCAGACCGGCACGCCAGUCCUCAUUCCCGAUGGCGACGGCAUGACAUCUGGAGGCACCGAUGCCGCUCCCGGGCCCCCCAGGAAAAAGAAGAAGGCACUCAAGAAAAGCGGGCCAGCCAAACUGUCUUUUGACGACGACGACGCCGACAACGACGCCGCCACUCCUCGGACCAAAACCAGAAAGAAGGCUGGACGCGAUGAUGUGACGCCACAAAGCACGACGUACAAGCUGAAAGCCAACUCGGCAGUAUCAGUCGUGCCGCGGUCCAUGACUAAAUCGGCUCUACGCCGAGAGGCUGCUGAACGUGAGACCCUGCGCAGGGAGUUCCUUGCUCGGCAGGAGGCUCUAAAGGCUGCUGAGAUUGCGAUUCCGUUCGUAUUCUACGACGGUGCCAAUCUUCCCGGAGGUAUUGUACGCGUCAAAAAGGGCGACUUCAUCUGGAUAUUCUUAGAUAAGAGCCGGAAAGUCGGUGCCCAGCUUGGGGUCGGAGAGAAAACCAACGCGACAAAGGUAUGGGCGCGUGUGGGUGUAGACGACCUCAUAAUGGUUCGGGGUGGAGUGAUCAUUCCUCAUCAUUACGACUUUCUCUACUUCAUCAUGAACAAAACUCUGGGUCCCAACGACACAGUCCUCUUUGCCUACAGCAACGAACCGCCAUCCUUGCAUUCUGCUGAUACGGACUCUGUCCUAAGCCAACAUGAUGCUAGCUACCAGCCCCUGUCGACGGCAGUAACAAAGGCCGCAUCGCUUGUUGAUGUGCGAGCUCUUGAGGGUGCUUCGGAUGAUCCGUCCUGGACCAAAGUUGUGGACCGGCGAUGGUACGAGCGCAAUAAGCACAUUUAUCCGGCGAGCACGUGGCGCGAAUUCGAUCCAGAGAAGGACUAUCGGCAGGAGAUCAGGCGCGACCUCGGCGGAAACACCUUCUUCUAUUCAUGA